AUGUGUGUAAUACAGCUUGCAGGGAUCUUUACAGCAGUGAAAGUUCAAGCUUCUGCCUGUGAGGGAAAACUGACCAAUGAGGAGGGUGGAGAUCAGCAGGAGGCGGAGUCUAAACUCCACAGUGGAGAAAGUCAAUGGGGAGGGAGUUGGCAGAGUGUCAAUAGUGUGAAUCUAAGAGCGAUGCAGAUCUGACGCACUCUUAACUCACGGGAGUUUGCAGCUGGAGGGAGUGUGUGCAGUGUGUUUUUAAAGAGAGCACACCAUCGGCACUGUGAACAGGAAACACUUUCAAUCCGAUUCACUUUUGGGACAGGACCUCAUCCUCUCUGCCCCUCCCUGACGUGUUUGUGUUUUUAAGCUGAGAUGUGAUAUUGCAGUGCCACUAUCGGCUGUAGCAGGCUAGUUUGUCAUAGAUAAAACUGGAUCCUGUUUCCUCCUUUCUGGAUGCACUUGCUUCUGCUCAGGGUGACUUGGGGAGUUCAGAGGCGUGAGUGGUGGCACGGAUCUGAAGUCAAGCUUCAGUUGUUCACAGGAGGUGUGAGAUGAAUUCAAGCCGGAGUGGGAUGUGAGGGCCUGACGGGCCCAGAGUCAAGUCUCCCUCUCUGGGAGCAGCCAAGGGAUGGGCUCUGCCUCUCCUCAGGAGCCUGAGAAAGAUAUGGAGGGCUAUUACAACCUUAUGCAGGCAGGAUCGGAGCUGGAGAACACGCUGCAACAGGUCACGGUCCCUGUGAGUAUGCAGGAAGUGGCCGGCUACAUUGAGAAACAAGUGGCCUAUUUAUCAGGGGGACGUGGUGAGGACUCUAGUGUCAUCAUCACUCUCCCAGAAUGCUCUGCUUUCAGUGACAUUCCUGAAGAAGCUCUGGCCAAAGUUCUUUCAUACCUCACACUGAUCCCGAGAACACGACAACCUGGUGUAAAAUUUAUCAUCAUUUUAGACCGAAGAUUGGAUACAUGGGCCUCAAUCAAAACGGCAUUGGCAAGGCUAGCGGAAUCAUUCCCUGGAAACCUACACCUUGUGUUGGUGCUAAGGCCGACCAGCUUCUUCCAGCGCACCGUCACAGAUCUCGGCUUCCGCUUUAGUCCAGAGGAUUUUAUGCUCAAAAUGCCUGUGGUGAUGCUCAGCUCUGUCACAGAUCUGCUGCGGUACAUUGAUGAGAACCAGCUGACCUCAGAGUUUGGGGGAACUCUUGACUACUGCCACAGUGACUGGAUUGUCUUGAGAACAGCAAUUGAGAGUUUUGCGGUUAUGGUUAAGGACAUUGCUCAGAUGCUGCAGGCGUUUGGAACAGAGCUGGCUGAGACACAUUUAUCAGAGGAGUGCAGUGCUAUUGAGUUUCUCCUGCUGUCCCACACAGAGAAAUACAGGAGACUUAAGGAUGCCAUCAGAUCUGUGAUGAGAGAGGGGAGGCAACUGCUCUCUAACCUGGAGACUUCAAGGAAGGAAGGGGACUCUGACACAUGCUGGGACAUGACACAGGACUGGGAUACCAUGCAGAGGCUGCUGGCUCAGCUCACAGAUAUGGAGAUGGCGUUUGAUGGCUUCUUUGACAAGCACCACCUCAAACUGCAGCAAUAUUUGCAACUGCUGAGAUAUGAGCACAGUUUUCAGGAGAUGGAGUACUCUUUAGAGAAAUUAAGAGCACAGGAAAGGAAGAUAAGCAUCACAGGAGAAUCCCUGUCCCAGAGUGUCAGAAAGCUGGACAGUCUGGAAAAACAUGCACAGGAGGAGAUGAGUCGGGCUCAGGUUCUUAUCCUGCAUGGCCAUCAGCUGGUUGCUGGACACCACUAUGCCAUGGCUCUAAUUAUCCAGCGCUGUAAUGAACUCAGACAUCAGAGUGACACUCUGACCUCUGCUCUCAAUACUAAACGCAACUCCCUGACACAAGCAAAGACCCUACUGUGCUGCCUUGAAGAGGCUCAGCGGUGGUGUGAUGAUGGCGCUUAUCUCUUGGCCAAUCAGCAGGUGGAUAAAUUACAGUCGAAAGAGGGUGCACAGGCAGCUCUUCGAGAUAUCGAGAAGUUCCAGGAGGCGGCGCCACCACUUCUCGGUGCAGGCGAGGAUGUGCUCUUUCUGGAGUAUGAAUCUGUGCUCACUCCUUGUCUACAGGCUCAUAUAGAGAAGACAUUUCAGAAGCAUAGUUCUGUGCAGGCUCUGAUUCACUCCAGACAGAACUGCCUGAGGAAACUGGCACACAAACAUGUCCGACCAAUCCAACUGGUGGCUCCUCGUCCAGAGAACCCACCACGUGCAAAAUCCCCCCUCUUCUCCCCCAAACAUGGCAAAAGAACAUCAAGGAAAAGCCCAAACUCCAGGAAGAUCGAGGUGAUUCAUGACUAUCAGACGAACAGCUCUCCCCCGUACAGUAUAGAUGGAGAAGACGGCACUGAUCUGCUCACACGACAUGUGAUAAAGGAGCUGAUCGAGACCGAGAGGAUCUAUGUUGAGGAGCUGCUGGCAGUGCUCCUGGGCUACAGGGCUGAAAUGGACAAUCCGUCUCUUGCUCCGCUCCUGCCAAUAAAUCUUCGCAACAAGAGUGAUGUGCUGUUUGGAAACUUGCCUGAUAUCUACAACUUCCAUAGCAGUGUCUUCCUGCAGGAUUUGGAAAGCUGUCUGGAGAGCCCUGAGGCAGUAGGGGCAUGCUUUCUGGAAAGGAAAGACCAUUUCCAUUUAUAUGAAUGUUACUGUCAGAACAAGCCUCGAUCUGAUUCCUUAUGGAGGCAGUUCUCGGACUGCCCAUUCUUUCAGAUGUGCCAAAAGAAGCUGGAACACAAACUUGCUCUUGACUCAUACCUGCUGAAACCAGUCCAGCGCCUUACAAAGUAUCAGCUCCUAUUAAAGGAGCUUCUGAAGUACAGCUCAGGCUGUGAGAGAGUUUCUGAGCUGCAGGGGGCGCUAGAAGCUAUGCUGGACUUGCUGAAGUCAGUCAAUGACUCAAUGCACCAGAUUGCCAUCACCGGAUAUGAGGGGGAUCUCAGCAAUCUGGGCCGCGUGCUUAUGCAAGGCUCCUUCAGCGUGUGGAUUAGUCAUAAGAAGGGUCCAACCCGUGUGAAGGAGCUGGCCCGCUUCAAGCCCAUGCAGCGACAUCUGUUCCUGCAUGAGCACGCACUCCUCUUCUGUAAGCGUCGAGAGGAACAUGGAGAGAACGCUGACAAAACUCCCUCCUACAGCUUCAAGCACUGUCUUAAGAUGAGUGCAGUCGGCAUUACAGAGAAUGUCAAAGGAGAUGUGAAGAAGUUCGAGAUCUGGUACAGUGGCAGAGAGGAAGUCUAUGUGAUCCAGGCACCCACAGUGGAGGUGAAGAUUGCUUGGCUGAACGAGAUCAGAAAGAUCCUGACCAACCAGCAGAAACAUCUCAAAGAAGAGUUGUGUCCCUCUGCUGCAGUCUCAGAGCAGAUGCAGAUGUCUCCUCCUCUCUUAGUGAACAAACAGCAAAGAGUGUCAGUCAGCUCAGAGGAGACUGAGUCAAGCCACAGCAGUCCAGACCCAUUCAGCUGUUCAACCCAGCAUCAGUGCAACAGACACAGUCCUGGAGGACUGUUUUGGGAGCAUGUCGUUUCUGCCAUCUAUAUCACCCGUCUGACACUGAGAGAGGAGGACGCUGCUCCCGUUUGGCUUCUUAACCAUACAAGCAGAUACAGGGCCUUCAUCGAGUGGUUACAAAAUGGCUAUAUUCACAUAGACUUACUUCAUUAA